AUGACUAAUUUUAAAAGGAAGACCUCAUUUGAUCCUGAUAAUCUUGAAGAGGUCUUGAAUGGUUUCAAAGAAGAGGGCUAUGAAGUUUUUGUAGUUGGUCCAGACAUAUACUCCAAGGAGAAUGACAGUGAAGAUACUGCUCUAGCCAGACAGUUUGUGGAGGCUACAGAUGGUGCAACAUCAACACUAGACAGCAUCAUGAAGCAUGAACUACUCUUCCACAGAAAGAAAAUUGUCAAUGCCUCACCUUGGAAUGUAGACCUAAGUAUUGGCCCAAACAUAAAAAUCCCUGUAUCUACAUUCAUCAAACUCAGAGAUGAACCGGUUGUCAAAACUUGGAAAAAAGCUGUCAAAGAUCCCGUUACAUCUACAGCCAGCACAUUUGAAGCAGUGGAAAAAAGAAAAGAAUACAUUAAUCCAGAAAACCAAAGUACUGUUAAGAUUCAGGAUAAAAUCCAAGGCUAUCACUAUGGCCAAACCAUCAUACCUUUUACUGACUUGGAUAAAACAAUGCUGUACCAGCCCGGAGAGAAAUGCCUGUCUGUGUAUGGUUUCACUCAUGCUGAUAAUAUCAGUUGGCAGAAUUUAACUGGUGAUGGUCUGUCUUAUGUAUUUGCCAGGAAAGGUGAUAAGAAUGCACAGAAAGCUAUCAGAUGCCUUGUGGAAUGCCUGCAUGAACUAAAUCUUGUUGGGAUUGUUAGAAAAGUUCACAACAAUAAUAAUGCACCCAAAAUGUUUGCAUUAAUGCCUGUUAUUGAUACAAAUAAUUAUGUCUGUCUCUCAAUGAUUGCUUUGAGUUACAAGGAGGAGAUAAAGCAAAUGUCAUUCCCAGCAACCAAUUUAAAAAAGUAUUCUUGCACCCCCGAACAAGUCAAUGCUUUUAAAGAUUUAAUUAAUGCCAUGGACUUGACGCAGGCUUAUGAUGACACAUAUGAUGAUAAGGAAGCUUUCCCUAUAGCUGAGUGUAUCAGCCCUGCAGCCCAGUAUGUGCUAGAUUGCAUAGCAUUCCGAGCAUUAAAUCCUGGUAAACCCUUACCUAAACCAAGAGAGGAAGUCAUGAGUCUCUUCCAAGUGCCUCCCUUGCUAGAAGAGAAUGCACGAAAACCUAUAGAGAAAAUUAAGAGUUUAUUCACAUUAAACAAAGUAGAAGUGAAGAAGAGGAAAAACAAGAAUGUUGUCUUGGAUAUUGAUCAGAUUCAAGCACCACUUGGUGACUUCCAACCAGAUACCACAGACAUUCCAAACAUGCCGAAAGUUCAAUUGCCUAUUAAUGAGAAUGAAGUUGACAACAUUCACAAAAUAAGUACCAUUAAUCCUGUUGAAGACUUCAAAGUGCUUCAAGGCAAGAAUAAACCUUUGUCCGAGUUGGCUCCAGGAAUGAUAAAAGCAAUUGAAAGUUUGAUUUACAAUAAUAUUGAUGGAAACUAUACUAAAGCAUUAGAUGCUAUGAAACAUUUGAGAUCUGAAUUUCUUAAGUCUGACCCUAAAGACUACAAUGAUUGGAUGCGUAAAUUUAAAUCAGAUUUGGCUAAAUGUGAUAACAACCAAGUAUUAUGUUUGAUUAUGGAGAAGCAAGUCAGUUUUUAUACUGAAGGAAGAAAAUAG